GGAAUUUCGCAUUUCGUGUCAGUGCACAAGGGACCAGCGUCAUGAAAGGACCCACUCUGAAUUUUCGAAAAACUCCCAGCAAGGAUAAUGGCGUCAAGCAGGUGGAGAGUUUGGCCAGGCCGGAAACGCCUCCACCGAAGUUUGUUGAGGACUCCAACCUGGCACUUAAUGUCCUGGCCAGCGAAAAGUUGCCCAACUACGCCAAUUUGGAUCUAUUCCAUAGGGCUGUGUUUCCAUUAAUGUUUUUGGCCCAAUGCGUCGCCAUAAUGCCGUUGGUGGGCAUCCGGGAAUCCAACCCUCGCCGGGUUCGAUUUGCCUAUAAAUCAAUUCCCAUGUUCGUUACCCUGAUCUUUAUGAUAACCACAUCGAUAUUGUUUUUGAGCAUGUUCACCCACCUGCUGAAAAUUGGCAUUACAGCCAAGAAUUUUGUGGGAUUGGUGUUCUUCGGUUGUGUUUUGUCGGCCUAUGUGGUCUUCAUUCGCCUGGCCAAAAAAUGGCCAGCAGUGGUUCGAAUCUGGACCAGAACGGAAAUCCCUUUUACCAAGCCACCAUAUGAAAUACCCAAAAGGAAUCUUUCGCGCCGCGUGCAAUUGGCUGCCUUGGCCAUUAUUGGCUUGUCCUUAGGUGAACAUGCUCUGUACCAGGUAUCUGCUAUCCUAAGCUAUACACGUCGCAUUCAGAUGUGCGCCAAUAUAACCACUGUGCCCAGUUUUGACAAAUACAUGCAGUCGAACUAUGACUACGUAUUCCAACUGCUGCCUUACAGUCCCAUCAUAUCUGUUUUAAUCCUGUUAAUCAACGGAGCGUGCACUUUUGUGUGGAACUACAUGGACCUGUUCAUCAUGAUGAUUAGCAAGGGCUUGUCCUACCGAUUCGAGCAAAUAACUGCUCGGAUUCGCAAAUUGGAACACGAGGAGGUCUGCGAAUCGGUGUUCAUCCAAAUCAGGGAGCACUACGUCAAGAUGUGCGAGCUACUGGAGUUCGUGGAUAGCGCCAUGUCCAAUCUCAUUCUACUUUCAUGUGUUAACAACCUGUACUUUGUGUGCUACCAACUACUAAAUGUCUUCAACAAACUACGUUGGCCCAUCAACUACGUAUACUUCUGGUACUCCCUCCUCUACCUCAUUGGACGAACGGCCUUUGUGUUCCUCACAGCGGCGGACAUCAAUGAGGAGUCCAAGCGAGGUCUGGGAGUCCUCAGAAGGGUUUCCAGUCGUAGCUGGUGCGUGGAGGUGGAGCGCCUGAUAUUCCAGAUGACCACCCAGACAGUGGCUCUUUCCGGCAAGAAGUUCUACUUUCUCACCCGACGACUGCUCUUUGGAAUGGCGGGAACCAUUGUCACCUACGAACUGGUCCUUUUGCAAUUCGAUGAACCCAAUCGACGCAAAGGACUGCAGCCACUAUGCGCCUGAUGGACAACUAUAGCCAGCAAUC